GGCUUUUGCGAAAUACGUAUAGAUUUUGCAAUAUUUGAGUGCAAAUCAUGUGAACGACGGGUCAUAUCGUGCUUUGCGUUCAAUAAAUGCUAUACUAAUCACUCGUUUGUCUCUAUUUUGACAUUUAGUCCACACUUUUGACCGAAAAUCCACUCUUGAAGACAUUGACUGCAUAUUUGAUAAUAGAUUUAAGGACUGAAUAGAGAUCUAGUGAUCAGACAAUGACUUCCAAUAAUAAGAUGUUUGAGAAGUAUCUUCGAGAGAAGGCGUCGCUAAUGAGGGCCAGUCUUAGGGAUCAGGACUUCAUCGCUGAGGUCAGGAAGGAGUGGAAGAUGAUGACACAGAAUGAGAAGCAGCUCUCGACUGAGCCAUCAGUGAGUGGAUCGGAUGAGACCCUCUCUGCCAUCAAAGACAUGGACGACGACGGGUUCGUCGAGGAAUACAGAGAAAAGAUGGUCAAAGAGUUGGUUCAAUACAAGUCCAAAGAGGCGUUGAUGGACGCGAAGAUAUAUCUGAUGUCAUCCAACAUCCAAUGCGUUGUCCGCAACACAUACCCUCCGCUGGAAAUUGGUUUCGUUGAGUACACCAUCAGAGGAGGCAUUCAGCGGAUUCAUCACAAGUUCAUGGAUUUGGGAGACAUUCCCUCCGGUUAUGCGUGGAGUGCUAUAAAUCACAUGCAGUCGACCCACAAGAUUCCGCUCAAGAACUUUGAAUUGGCGUCAAAGGACUUCGCGGCCAUCGGUGACGGCAUUCUCGACUUCUUAGAGCCGAGUCGUGUGCCGAUAGUUGGCGUCGAGAAGUCGGGACAUCCGUUGAUAGUGUUCUCUCUGUGGGACCAAAUGGAUCAAAACGAAGGGGCACUCAAAUGGUUGGCCAACAAGUGCUGCGAAGGCAUGGAUUGGAAUAUACGCGUAUUGGACGUGUCUUUGCUUCUGAAGGCAAUCUACUCGGCGGUAGCCAUCACUCAACCGCUGGUCGUCUGUCGCCACAAAUUGUCGACCGCUUCCUUCGACUACAGUCUCGACACUGACUGUCAUUUCCACGAUGAGCUCCAGACCAUACACUGCGCUCAGGGCGUCGCCAAACGCAUCGCGUACGCCCUCUCACUGUCAUUCUUCGGGGUCUUCCGAUUCAAACUACUGCCAACUCAUCUGCCGUCCCGUGAGCUCAAGAAGUAUUCGUAUUUCGGGUUCAUUGAAGACGGCCUUCAAAAUCUUGGUUUGGGUGACGAGAAUCUGGAGCCCAAUAACUAGGGUCACGAGACUUCAUCGGACACUACAUCUGGCAUUUGAUCCUCUCUUCGUUAGACUAAUUAUUAGUCACUAAUAGCUC